CCGCCUUGUAAUCUGUGUAUAUUCUGUGUGAAGUGAUGAAGUGAAAUCAAACAUGUAAGGGCGAACUCACUCAGGGCUAAAUCCUAAGCAAUAAUAAUGAGUGAUCACAGAAUUUGAUGUACCUCAACUUCAUUUGUGACGACUUCCGGGUGCCAUAGUAAGGCAUGAAAACUAAUUUCAUAACUAUGACUUCAACACAAGAAAGACAAGUUCAAAGGCGUUGGUAUGUGGAUGAGUGGUCCACAAGGGAAAAGCUGUGUCUUGCCUCAGCUGUAUUACGGAGUGGUGACCAGAAUUGGAAUGCAGUCAGUCGGACAAUCAAACCUAAUGCCGAAGGCAGUCGGCCGCUUGAUUGGAUGGUACCCAAAGCAUGUGCAAAUCAAUACAAACUUUUAUUGGACUCUGUUGAAACGCCAAAAAGAAAAAAAAGAGUUGCUGGAGAAAAACUGGUGGAAUCAUCAGAAACAGCCGCAGAAUAUUUGGUGCGGAAGUUAACCCAAGAUCAUCAAGAAGAUCUGAAAAAAAGAAUUGAAUUGGAAAAAAAAGAAUAUCACAAGAUAAAAUCAGACAUUGAAGCGGUUGAAAGUGGAAGCCUUACUGAAGAGGAUUUAGACAAACUUGUCAUAGAAAUGGAUCUAGAAGAUGAUAGAGUAAGACAAAAAGAAGAAGAAUGCAAGCGAUUUUUGAUUGAAAGAGAGCAAAAAAAAAGAGAUUAUGAGAGGCCUUUGUGGAAAAGCCCGUCUGUUGCGGCUGCCCAGGCAGCAGCACUUAAAUCCACUUUGUCUGACAAAAAAAAUGAAAGCGGCUCAAUCAGUGAGAUUCUACCAGAAACAAAACCAGCAUCAACUCCUACCUCGCCUCUAUUGACUAGUCUGCUUCAAUCUCCAUCUCCUCUCCAGCGAUCCAGUCUUUCAUCAACUCCAACAAUAUCAAAUCUUCUCAACUCUGCUCCUGCCAUUCCUCAUUAUUCUAAUGAUUCGCCGACAUUAACUCAAUUACUGGAGUCGAAAACAUCACCUCGGUCGGCUUCGACAUCUUUGAUGGACAACAGUCUAGCUGCUAGAACUGGUAAUUUUGAUGUACAUCAGAAGCUGAGUUCACCCUCCUCCUCUAUGGGUCAGCAGAUACCAGACCCACCAACUCAAUUAAGCUCUUCACCCAGGCUAAGUAAAUCACCCGUUCGUCCAACUCCUCCCAAAUCAGAUGUUCUGACAACACCUGUGCGAGUGGAAUCAAAUCCUGAUAUUUCUAAUGUUGUUAGGUGUCUUUAUCUGGAAGAUAAAACAUGUGUUGACAUAGAACACACGCAACUUUUGCUGAAUCAAGCUAAUGUGGAUUUAUCAAAAGUGGAUGAACAAAAAUUGCAAGAUGAAAUUGUGGACAUGAUUGUUGAGCAACAAGAAACAGGUGGAAUAAAUAUCUCAAACUUAAAUAACUCAGCAAUUACCUCCUGUGAUGGAUUGCCAGCAGUUGUCAAGGUAGAAGUUCCUGAUGGCGAAUCCUCAGUAAAGCUGUCCUCAGACAGCAAAGCUAGUGAUUCUAACAUUGUUAUCUUAGAAUGUGAUAUGAGGAAACCAGUAAUGGAUAAUUCCAAAGAAUGCAAUCAUACCCAAUUUAAUGUUGAAAAAACUCAAGAUAUCAAAAUUGAACCAGAUAUACCUGUUGAAAUUGAUGGAAGCAGCUAUGGGUCAAGAAAUUUGUCAAAUGCAUCGCAGUUUACCGAAGGUCAAACUUUCCAUACUAUGCCAACUGUCAUAGAUGUAGAAGCAACCCUUGACCUGCCCACAAGUCAGGCAGAAAUUAGCGUUGUUGGAAUAUCUCCAAUAAAAAGUGAACUUAGUCUCAAUGAGCCCUCUCCGAAAGGUCCUAUAGGAGAUAAUGAAAAAGUGUCAUCUCACCUUGAGCAACCAAAAUCAAUCCCAAACGCAAGUCCCAAAGUGACAUUAGCUGUGCCAUGCAUGAAUAUUCAAAGAGCUGCCAUCUCACCUCCGGGUGGCAAAGACUCUAACACGCCGUUAAAAGGAGCCAAAAGCAAUUUUGCCACCUGUAAAGAAGAUGAAUCAGGUGGAGUUUUGAGUCAAAAUGUACUAAUUUUAGAUACCCAAAUAGAUUUGAGCUCAGCAAGUUUAUCAAAUGAUAUUAUGAUUGACAAUGACACAGAGGUCAUCAUUGCAAAAGAUGAUUCGCUCAAGAGUGGAAUCAAGUCCGAUGAACAAACAUUUGAGUCAAAGAUUGCAAUCAAGGAAGAGGAUGACGGUGAGUCAGCACCAAAAAAUGGCAAAGACAAACCUGAUUCUGUAAUUUUUCAAAAAUCUCUCAAAUACGUUGCAAUGGAAGAGACUGUUGGUAGUAAAAGUACAAGCUCUGACGCAUGUCCUCAAACUGUCAGUAAAAAACUUUCUAAGUCAGAAGUAGGAGUUAGGCUGGGUAAAUCGUGGAGUGAAAAGUCAGGAAGUGUGAUUAAAGGUGUAGUACAAAGUAAAAGAAUGCACAGCAAAUUAUCUGAAAGGAAAGGGAUUGAUUCAGCAAUCGAUGAGAAGGAAUCUGUGAAAAAGAUAAUAUUCGAUGAAGACGAAGUGACUCAUGAUGGAGAUGGGGACGAUGAAGAAGAUAGUGAUGAGCUUCUUUCAAAUGUUAAAAAGACUGUGGCAGGCAGUGAUAAAAAAAAUUCUGGAGGAAGGAAGAAACUAUCAACUAUUGCUGUGAGCAGUAUACCGAUCGUUACAGAUUUUGUUGACACAAGCUCUGAUACGCAUUCGACAGGGGGUGAUGACAGUGAGUCGACUUCAACCUUGAUCUCUAUAGCAUCCUGCGUCAAUAAAAAAAGUAGUGCUCGAGAAAAACGUGACUCCAUUACCUCGGCAACAUCAAGCUCCUCCCAUGUUACUGCCCACGAAGAAAAAGGGAUCAGAGCCUGGAAAAAGUCAAUCAUGCUCAGCUAUAAUGGAAUUGCUGCACACAAGUAUGCAUCAUUAUUUUUAAAACCCAUCACCGAAGAUCAAGCUCCCGGUUAUCACAACAUUGUCAAACAUCCGAUUGAUCUAUUGACAAUCAAAAAGAACAUAGAGAAUGGAACAAUAAGGACGACUUUAGAAUUCCAAAGAGCCAUUAUGUUAAUGUUCACCAAUGCCUUGUUUUUCAAUUGGCACGGUUCAGAAGUAUACAAAAUGACUUUUGAAAUGAUGCAAGAGACAUUGGGUAGUAUUCAGUUGCUAGUGCAAACCAUGGGUGAAGGAAUGCCUUACGCACAGUCGGAUGCAGAGACACCUGAAAAACAGGUUCGUGCAGAAAGAAUAAAAAGAAGUGCUGCAACACCUGCUACUCCUAGUGUUGCAACACCUAUAGGGAUGAAAAGGAAAAGAAGUGGAUUGGAAUCGUCUACAGCCAUGAAUAGUAUCGAUCAAAUCGUAACCCCUACAAGUAAACGUAGGCGAUAGCUAUGAGCAUUCUCUUCAACUCUCCAAAUGGCCAGCAUUAUCAAGGAGAACAUUAUUUUUCCGCAAACAUUGCUGAUUUUGCCCCAAGUUUCUGCUAAUAUUCUGACAAUUCUCUAGUUCCUACCGCCUUAUUUUUUUACAUUUUUUAAAAAAUUUAUUAACCUAGGACCAUGGAAGUGACCUUCCAUGAGACGUUCCUUCGCCAACCGGAGCAUUAAGAAUGUUCCCUAUCUGACGCUCACUGCAACUAGAGUCUGUCAAACUAACUUUCAUACUGCUGUUAAUUUUUGAAAGUUUCCAAUUCCGCUCCAUCAAGAAGACAGCAACAGUCCAAUUGUUUUCACUUUGAUGAAGGCAUCAAUAAGUUGGCGAAAAAAAGUUUAUUGAUUGAAAACUUAAGGUUGGAGUGAUUGUUUUGUCUCAUUUAUUGAUAACAUUAACCGUGCAAAGUUGCUGUCAUGGCAUAAAGUAAUUAAUCAAUCAUAGAUUGUCAACAAGUUUUUUAAUCGGCUACCUAUGUAAAUAAAAUACUUUUGGGUCUACCAAUUCCACUAAAAUGUUUGAGGUAUUUGUCAGUAUAAUGUACAUUUUAGUUCUGCUGAAUACAGUGUAGUGAAAUGUAUACUAGUUUUUGUGUUAAAUUUGUGUACAGUCAUGAAAAUAAAUUAUUACUGCAUAUUGUC